UUUCAUUCUUGUUCUUCUUCCCAAUUGCAUUCAUCUUCCGGGUUAUCGGAAAAUCUAUAUUUUUGCGGGAUUUUUCCUGUUUUAACGGUAAAAAAAGAAUUUUUUUUUCUUUUUUUAUUGAAUUGGAUUCAAAUCAUUUUCUUCUCGAUUUCAAUGGGUUUUUUUGUCUCCGCUUGAAAAGGAACGUUUUUGUGAUCUGGGUCUAUGCUAUUCUUGGGUUUACCAUGUUUUGUUUCAUGGGUUUUGCUUAUUUGAAUAAUCAUCAACAUCAUCAACGUGUGUGUUCUAGAACAAGUAGUAGGUAGCUAUUGCGGUUUUUAUUCAUUUUGAUAUGAAUCAAGAAUCUACAUGUAAGAUUGAUUGAUGAAGAUGGAGAAAUAUCCGAGAGAUCUGUUAGAGAGACUCUGUGUUUCAAGUGGUGGAAGUGAUAAUAACAAUAUUCAUAACACAGCAACAACAAGAACAAGAACCGCACAACAAACACAGAACGCACAACAACAUCAUCAUCAACAAUAUCAUCAAUAUCUUCGUGAGAACAAGCAUGGUGAACAAGAGGAGGAGGAAGAAGAGGAUGAAGAUGAAGGGAUUGAACUGAAUCUUGGUCUUUCCUUAGGUGGUAGAUUUGGUGUUGACAAGCAUGCUAAGAAUAAGAAGCUUAUUAGAUCUUCUUCUGUGGUUGGAACAAUGCCUUUGCUCCGGGAAGAUAUUGCGGUGGCCGCCGGAGUGGCUUCGCCAACUCCGGCGUAUCCGACUCUUAUGAGAGCUUCGUCGUUACCGACGGAGACAGAAGAGGAGUGGAGGAAGAGGAAGGAGUUACAGACUCUGCGGAGGAUGGAGGCUAAGAGACGCAGGUCAGAGAAGCAAAGAGUUUCCAUUUCAAAGUCAGAGAAAGAUUCCAUUUCCACCGUGGCACCUAGUGGUGGUGGUUGUUCAGAGGAAGUAGAGGGUGGUUCUGGUGGUGCAACAAUGGUGUUGAACAGAUCAACAGUUGCUGCUACUAUGCCACCUUUGGGAUUACCGAAUUGGGCUGUUGCAUCAAAGCAAGUGGUUCUUGGUGAUGUGUUAGGGAAAGGGAAAAUUGGGGUUGGUUUUCAAGGAAUGAUGUUUGUACAACCAUCUUCUCAAGGUUCAGUAGAAUCACAAGGUGGAAGUUCUUCAUCAGUGUCUGAAAUGGAUAGCAAACCUUUUCUAGGAUCAAGCAGUUGUGGUGAAGCAAGAAGCCCAGCUAGCAAUCAGUCCUUACAGGAAAGAAGCAACCAGGACUCCGUCGGUUCAUCAGGAGUGCCAAAGACAAGAGACAAUUUGACUAGAACAACUUCAAGAUCGGAGUUAAUGGAGAAUGCAUCUAAAAAACCUCAACCUGCUCAAAAUAUUGGGAAGGAAAUUGGAACAAACUCAAUGGAAGACAUGCCUUGUGUAUUUACGAAAGGGGGCGGUCCUAAUGGAAGAAGAAUUGAGGGAAUCUUAUAUAAAUAUGGCAAAGGGGAAGAAGUGAGGAUAAUGUGUGUGUGCCAUGGAAACUUUCUGUCUCCAGCUGAGUUUGUUAAGCAUGCAGGUGGCGAAGAUGUUGCUCAUCCUCUUAGACAUAUUGUUGUUAACCCUUCUGCUGCUCCCUUUUUGUGAUGAUUGGAGGAGUCCCUUCAUAGUCGUCUCACGUUUUUAGAGGUUGUCGCAAUUUAAAUAUGACAAGAAGAAGCUCUCUUUAACUAUGGUUUAAGAGCGAGACAAAACAUUUUAUGACGCCCUAUUUACCCAAAAUUUGAUCGUGAGGCCCUAUUUACCCAAAAUUUGAUCGUGAGAGAUUUUAAGUCAUUUGCGAUAGUCACCUUUAAAAAUGGUCCUGACUUCCACAAUAGGGAUGUGUAAUAUAUUCAUUGUUGAAGAGAAGGAAUAUGUUAAAUUAGUUUCAUAGUUUCUUCUAUCGUAUGUACCUUCGUUCUGUUUUUUUUUGGAUAAAGUCUCGAGGAUUAAUCAAACAAUGUUAUAUAGAGUCAAUUGAUUCCCUUAUGAAAUGUUAGAUUUGUCCAUUUAUUAAAUUUAUUUAUCCACCAUAGCCCAAUAUAUUUUGGUACUUUGUACGUCAAAAAACAUCAAUGCUUAUUUGUAAGUUUUGAUAUUAAA